AUGAGUCGCAUGGUACAGCAGCCCCAGCAGCCCGUGGAGAAUUCUACCCCCACGAUGCGUGUCCUGCUGCAGACGAUUGCGAACCUUGUGCUUGGUGAUGUGUAUGUACGCUUUGUCGACAUUUUUAAGCGGGAUUUUGAUCACGCCCAGGAACGCCUAUUUCCAUUUCAUGACAACUUUGGCCUCAACAACCUGAAGUGUUUUUCUCUGCUUAAUCAUCAUGGCCAUGAUCACACUAUCCAAGAGGAUGACCCACCGGUGUUUGUUUGGAUGAAAUGGACGGGCCAAUCUUUGUAUCCGGUCUCCCACUUAGCGUUCAUAUCAGUAAGGGCCUGCAAGUGGCCAUUCACAUGGGAAGGAAGAAAGUUUCAUCGGAUACCUCAGCCGCCUAGAGGAUCUGAUGGGAAACUUGAUCCAAUCUUCCAUCGCGAAGAUAUCCAAGCAUCGCUCCGACUCGGCAUUCCCCCUAGUGAAGAGAACAUCGUAUUCCUGAGAGAGCAUCCUGAGCACGCGAAAUGGCUCAAAAUCCAUCUACAUCAUGACUUAUGA